AAUGAGUGCCUUGCCUGCCAGCCCCAUCGCCCUGGACUACCUGGACGACUUCGACCUGCUGAAGUUCGAAGUGAAGCAGGAGGUGCCCAGGCCGGAGAGUAGCUCCUCUGUCAGCUCCACCCCCUGCAGCUCCGUGCCCCCCUCACCCACCUUUGACAAAGUGGGGGACCCUAAGUCCUCACUGGAAGAGCUGUACUGGAUGGCGACACUGCACCAUUCGUUGGCGGCCGCAGCCACGGGCACCAGUCCAGAAACCCAUUUGAUGCCAGGGCUGGACGAGGCAGUGGAGGCGUUCUUGGGUGUCCCCAUGGCAGAAGGGGGUCUCCGAAGCAACAUGACCCCCCAGCUGCAGGGGUUUUUAGGAUCCGCCGAGAGCUUUGGUGCAGAGCAACAACAGCUUCCUCAUUUCCAGCUUCCCCGGCUUUCCGACCGCUUCUCUGAUGCCCAGCUGGUCUCCAUGUCGGUGCGGGACCUCAACCGGCAGCUUCGCGGCUUCGGGAAGGACGAGGUGCAGCGGCUGAAGCAGAAGCGACGUACCCUCAAGAACCGUGGUUAUGCCCAGUCCUGCCGUUUCAAACGGGUCCAGCAGCGCCACAUCCUGGAAGCCGAGAAGUCCCAGCUGGCUCAGCAACUCGAGUCUCUGCGGGUGGAGGUGGCCCGGUUGGUCCACGAGCGAGACAUCUACAAGGCCCGGUGUCAGAAGCUGCUGAGCGAGGCUGCCGGGGGGCAUUGUGGGGAGGGGGCCAAGCCCCCCGUUGCUCAGGCUCCCUCAAUGGUGCAGUUUUUUCUAUGAGCACCCCUGGACUUCCCUCCGUAUACAUCAAACUGUGGGAGCUGUGCAGGAGAUGAACUUGCCAAGAAGCUGUUUCCCUCUUUAGGGCCACCAGAGGGGGACACUGGGCAUAGCUCCUUAAGAGGUAGUCCCCUUUUCCACCACCCGAUGGUGCAAAAGAGUCUUGACCAUCUAGGCAUGUUGAGGGCAGGUAUGUUUACAUGCAAAGCUUUGGGGAUUGAAAGCGGGCAUGAUGCUCCUCUCAAAGGCUCCUGGGAGUUGUAGUUUUGUGAGGGUGCUGCCAGUAAUUCCAUCUUCCACUCCAGGAACUACAGCACCCAGGGUUCCCCGUGGCCUGAUUCCUCAGUCUAGUGAAGUCUAUGGUGCAAAUAAGGCUGGUCCUCUUGGGCUUGUUGAGAAACGUGUUUUGCCAUCAUUCUGCUCCCCAAAGGAAAGAGGGAGGCAGAGAGAGAGGGAAGCUGAAAGCAAUGCUUCCAGACUCUCCCCAGAGCAAGAAUUUGGUGGGCAACGGAGUCACUGCAAGAACCGGGCCAGGGCAAAUGAGGUGGCUUCAGAAAGUUUGGGAAUCCCUGCUGCCCAGUUUUUAGGUACAAAAUUUGCUUUGCCCCAUACGGAAGGGGUUUUAGGAGGGGAAGGGAUGCGCAGCAGGGAUUCUCAAUUUCCGGAGCCACUAGGUGCAACGUGGAGGCCAUAUUGAAGCCUGGAGGGUGCCACGGAGGGAGGGGCUUGCCCCUUCUUGAAAUGGCUGCCUUAUUGGUGAGGCCAGACCUAAAACGAUCAGUGGGUCAAGGAGCCCAAAAGACCCAAAGGCAGUGUUGGAGAUGCCACUGUCAAAAACAUGCAUUACAUUUUCCUGUUUGGGAGUGAGAGUUGUGUGGGGGAAAAUAAAUCUUUUAAGCAUCCCCAGCCUGAUCCUCUUCAGUCGCAUUUUGAGAGUGCAACUCCCAGAAUCCCUAGCCAGGAUCCCAGAAUCCCUAGCAAGCUGGCUAAGCGUUCUGGGAGUUGCGGUCUCCGGCUGGAGGAAGGCUGAGCUAACAGCAGUGUUGGGAUUGGACAGGGUUGUCGUGGACCUGUCUGGGGAUUUGGCCAGUUUUGUGGGAGAAAAAGUGUGCGAAAAGGGCAGCUUCGAGAUGUUUUUGUUGCAAAAGGAGACACACGGUCACCCGUUAGCUCGUGUCAAUAAAAACCAGAGUACUUUUACAACUGCC